CUCAUAAUCACAGAGCUUGCUCUGGUUUACGCAUCACCAUCUCAGGGUACAUUCCGAACUGUGUCCAACAAUCAUAGGUUCUACGACGUACAGGCUCACCGCGGAGGAAGAGGAAACGUUGUUGAGAGCACUCUACCGAGCUUUGCAUGGGGCCUCAUCGACGGCGCCACCACGCUCGAACUAGAUAAUGGUAUUACUCAGGCAAGCUCUCUCAUUGUAUGGCACGACGAAAUCAUAACGGCAGAAAAGUGCUCUGACACAGCACCAGUGGUCCCAGAUGACCCCGCAUAUCCUUAUGUCGGAAAGUUUAUCAGGGAUCUCACUUUGGCUCAAAUAAAGACCCUCGAUUGUGGAUCAAAGCGUCAAACGAAAUAUCCCCACCAGCUUGCAUAUCCUGGAGCACAGAUAUCUACUCUACGGGAAGUCUUCGAUUUCGUGUCCUGUGUAGAUCUUUCGCACCAGAUCCUUUGGAAUAUCGAGUCAAAAAUAAACCCUCAAUACCCAAAUCGAACUGCUGGCGUAGAUGAUUUUGUUCAGAAGCAACACAAGAUAUUUGCAUCUAGCUCAUACUAUCAAUCUAUUACGUAUCAAAGUUUUGACUGGCGAACUCUAGUGGCCAUGAAAAAUUUGGAUGAUAAACUCGCGACUUCCGCUCUUAUCGAUGAGGACUCCGUUUUUACGCCAGGCAACUCGACUUCCCCGUGGUUGGCUGGCCUACGCCUUGAAUCAUUUCCCGGCCCGUCCUUGUCCGAACAGAUGGCACAAGCCGCCCACGCUGUAAAAGCAGAUAUUUUGUCUCCUACUGGAACAUUCCUCAUGCCAUUUUCGUCCCAUGAGGAACCCUCUCACUUUACAACUCCUGCGAUGAUUACCGAAGCUCACAGGCUCGGCAUGAAAGUUGUACCUUUCACUGUGAAUCGCUUGGACCGGGUUGAAGAGCUCGUCAAGGACGGUGCUGAUGGAAUUAUUACAGAUUACCCAAACGUUGUUAGGCGGUGGGCCAAACAACAAGGACUUCGGGUGGCGCCUAAGUACCCUAAACAACGUGUCUUCUCCUGCUUACACCAGCAUAUGCAUUAGUCUUCUGGUUGUGAAGGAUAGGUUGUCAUUGUAGGAUAUCGAUACCACUAGAUUCUCGGUAUGGGACAUAGCAUAGAGAUAGAGAAAACAUAUUACCGCAAGAUUAUGGUACGGGCAGUUUGAGUUGAC